AUGACCAGGCGCCCGCAUGUCGCUAUUAUUGGCGCCGGCUUUGCGGGGUUGAGAUGUGCAGAUAUUCUGCUGCAGAAUGGUGCCCAGGUGACCAUCUUUGAGGCGCGCAAUAGGGUUGGAGGAAGGGUCUUUCAAACUACUGUUGGGGGUCACGCGGUAGACUUAGGUCCAAAUUUUAUUCACGGCAGUGGAGCAAACCCAAUCGUCUCUCUUGCGCAGUUGACCAGUACGGAACUCCUAGAUGUUGAUGGGGCCCCAGCCUUAUAUUCUGGGGAUGGAAGUUUAGUGGACGAGAAAACUGCAGGCAAGGUUGCCGAGUUCGUGUGGUCGACUAUUGGAGAGGCUUUCAAGUAUAGUAACAGCCACAAGGACACCAUCCCGCCCGAAAAAAGCCUGCUUGACUUCUUCCAUGAGCAGCUUGAGAAGACAGACUUCAGCCCGGAGGAGAAGAGGCUAUGUCUCGAAUCCUGUAAGAUGUGGGGGGCAUAUGUCGGUGAUCCUAUUGACAGACAGAGUCUGAAGUUUUUCCAUCUAGAAGAAUGCAUUGAUGGCGGCAUGUCUCUUGGGCUAAUUCCCAUUGCAGCCAAUUACUUUGUUGCGUCUACAUACAAACACAUCCUAAAACAUGUCUCGAACAGAGCCCUGCAAGACGCAGAAAUCCGCUACAACCAGCCCAUUGUCAAGAUCGAGUCCCGUCCAAUCAUCCAGGGCACCAGUACUCGUCAGGAGAUAACUCUAACCACCGAAGCGGGCGAAACCUCCCAGUUCGACGAGGUAGUCGUCACAUGUCCCCUAGGCUGGCUAAAACGCAACAAAUCCGCCUUCAUCCCAGAGCUCCCUCCCCGCCUCACCAGUGCCAUCGACAGCAUCUCCUACGGCCGACUAGAGAAAGUAUACGUAACAUUCGCUCGUGCCUUCUGGAAAUCCGAACCCGUGAACAUGGUCUCCCUCCCCGUCAAUGGAAGCGAAAGCCACACCAACGACCCCUCCACAGAUCUAACACAAAACCAAAGCUCUCCAUUCGCCCAAUUCCUCCACCCAGCCUACACCGAAGUCCCCGCCGGCAUCCCCUGGAACCAGGAAUGCCUCUCCAUGGCCUCGUUCCCAGAAGACUGCGCUCACCCAACACUGCUCUUCUACACCUACGGCCCCUGCGCCACCCAUAUCGUCUCCACUGUAUCUGCCAUGGACCCCGCCUCCAGCGAGUACUAUACUUUCCUCGACAACUUCACAAAACCCUUCUACUCCCGCCUCCACGGCUACUCCUCUUCCUCCCCCGACUGCACUCCCAAGGCGUUCCUAGCCACCCAAUGGCAAAACGACCCCUACGCCGGCAACGGCUCCUACUGUAACUUCCAGGUUGGUCUGCAGCAGGGCGACGAGGAUAUCGAGGUGCUCCGUGCCGGGGUGGGCCUUGACCAUGGGAUCUGGUUUGCCGGCGAACACACCUCACCGUUUGUGGCGUUGGGGACUACCACAGGUGCGUUUUGGAGUGGGGAGCGCGCAGGGGGUCAGAUCUGUGCUCGUUAUGGUCUUGGGAAGGCAGGGGUGGGGUUGGAGAGAGAUGAUUCUUUGCCAUCGGCGGCCAUGGGGGAGUAG